AAAUCUCGUAUUUGAAGAGGGAAGCCAAAGCACAACCAUUUCUAGCUUGAGUGAAAAAAGUAAAGAAGAAACUGGAAUAAGUUUACAGGAUCUGCUCUUAGAAAUCUACAGAAGCAUAGGGGAGCCAGACAGUCUGUAUGGCUGUGGCGGGGGGAAAAUGCUACAACCCCUUACUAGACUACGAACAUAUGAACAUGAAGCAAUGUGGGAGAAAGCCCUAGUAACAUAUGACCUUGAGACAGCAAUCUCUUCGCCAACACGCCAGGCGGGGAUCAUUCAGGCCUUGCAGAAUUUGGGACUCUGUCAUAUUCUUUCUGUCUACUUAAAAGGAUUAGAUGAUGAAAAUAAAGAGUGGUGUGCUGAACUACAGGAACUUCAUUACCAAGCAGCAUGGAGGAAUAUGCAAUGGGACCACUGCAUUUCUGUUAACAAAGGAAUAGAAGGACCCAGUUACCACGAAUCAUUGUACAAUGCUUUGCAGUCUCUGAGAGAUAAAGAAUUCUCCACAUUUUAUGAAAGUCUCAAAUAUGCCAGAGUAAAAGAAGUAGAAGAGUUGUGUAAGGGCAGCCUGGAGUCUGUGUAUUCACUCUACCCCACACUUAGCAGAUUGCAGGCCAUUGGAGAGCUUGAAAGCAUUGGGGAGCUUUUCUCAAGAUCAGUCGUGGAAAGGCAGCCCUCUGAAGUAUACAUUAAGUGGCGGAAGCACUCCCAGCUUCUCAAAGACAGUGAUUUUAGUUUUCAGGAGCCUAUCAUGGCUCUGCGCACAGUCAUCCUGGAGCUCUUGAUGGAAAAAGAAAUGGAGAACUCCCAACGAGAAUGUUUUAAGGACAUUCUCACCAAGCACCUUGUGGAACUCUCCAUACUAGCCCGAACUUUCAAGAACACCCAGCUCCCUGAAAGGGCAAUAUUCCAAAUUAAACAAUAUAAUUCAACUAGUUGUGGAGUUUCUGGGUGGCAGCUGGAGGAAGCGCAAGUAUUCUGGGCAAAGCAGGAGCAGAGCCUUGCCCUGAGCAUUCUCAAGCAAAUGAUCAAGAAGUUGGAUGCCAGUUGUUCCGAGGAUGAUUCCAACCAAAAACUUAUAUACACAGAAUGUCUGAGGGUUUGUGGCAACUGGUUAGCAGAAACUUGCUUAGAAAAUCCUGCAGUCAUCAUGCAGACCUAUCUAGAAAAGUUCAAUGCAAGAUACACAAUAAAGGUUCAGCGAGAACUGGAGCUGGAUGAAUGUGCACUCCGUGCACUGAAAGAGGAUCGGAAGCGUUUCUUAUGUAAAGCUGUUGAAAAUUACAUCAGUUGCCUGUUAAGUGGAGAAGGGCAUGAUAUGUGGAUAUUUCGUCUUUGUUCCCUCUGGCUUGAAAAUUCUGGAGUUUCUGAAGUCAGUGGCAUGAUGAAGAGAUAUGGAAUGAAGAUUCCAUCAUAUAAGUUUUUGCCUCUUAUGUACCAACUGGCUGCUAGAAUGGGGACCAAGAUGACGGGAGGCCUAGGAUUUCAUGAAAUCCUCAAUAAUCUCAUCUCUAGAAUUUCAAUGGAUCACCCCCAUCAUACUUUGUUUAUUAUAUUGGCCUUAGCAAAUGCGAACAAAGAUGAAUCUUUGACAAAAUCAGAGGCAGCAAGAAGGAGUAGAAUAACUAAAAAUGCACCUAAACAGAACUCUCAGCUUGAUGAGGAUCGAACUGAGGCUGCAACCAAAAUUAUAAGUGCUAUCAGAAGUAGGAGACCCCAGAUGGUCAGGAGUGUUGAGACACUUUGUGAUGCUUACAUUAUAUUAGCAAACUUUGAUGCCACUCAGUGGAAGACUCAGAGAAAAGGCAUAAAAAUUCCAGCAGACCAGCCAAUUACUAAACUUAAGGACUUAGAAGAUGUUGUUGUUCCUACUAUGGAAAUUAAGGUGGACCCUACAGGAGAAUAUAAAAAUCUGGUGACUAUACAGUCAUUCAAAGCAGAAUUUCGUUUAGCAGGAGGUGUAAAUUUACCAAAAAUAAUAGAUUGUGUGGGCUCUGAUGGCAAGGAAAGGAGACAGCUUGUCAAGGGCCGUGAUGACCUGAGACAAGAUGCUGUCAUGCAGCAGGUUUUCCAGAUGUGUAACACAUUGCUGCAGAGAAACACUGAGACCAGGAAGAGGAAGUUGACUAUCUGCACAUACAAGGUGGUUCCCCUUUCUCAGCGAAGUGGUGUUCUUGAAUGGUGCACAGGAACUGUCCCUAUUGGUGAAUUUCUUGUUAACAAUGAGAAUGGUGCUCAUAAAAGAUACAGGCCAAAGGAUAUCAGUGCCUAUCAAUGCCAGAAGAAAAUGAUGGAUGCACAAAAGAAGUCUUAUGAAGAGAAAUACGAAACAUUCAUGGAUAUUUGUAAGAAUUUUCAACCAGUGUUCCGUUAUUUCUGCAUGGAAAAAUUCUUGGACCCAGCUGUUUGGUUUGAGAAACGAUUGGCCUAUACUCGCAGUGUGGCUACUUCUUCUAUUGUUGGUUACAUACUUGGACUUGGUGAUAGACAUGUACAGAAUAUCUUGAUAAAUGAGCAAUCAGCAGAACUUGUACAUAUAGAUUUAGGGGUUGCUUUUGAACAGGGUAAAAUCCUUCCUACUCCUGAAACAGUGCCUUUUAGACUCACCAGAGAUAUUGUGGAUGGGAUGGGCAUUACUGGUGUUGAAGGUGUCUUCAGAAGAUGCUGUGAGAAAACCAUGGAGGUGAUGAGAAACUCUAAGGAAACACUGCUAACCAUUGUGGAGGUCCUCCUGUACGAUCCUCUCUUUGACUGGACCAUGAAUCCUCUGAAAGCUUUGUAUUUACAGCAGAGGCUGGAAGAUGACACUGAGCUUCACCCCACGCCCAAUGCAGAUGACCGAGAGUGCAAACGAAACCUCAGUGAAAUUGACCAGAGUUUCAACAAAGUAGCUGAGCGUGUCUUGAUGAGACUACAAGAGAAACUAAAAGGAGUGGAGGAAGGAACUGUGCUCAGUGUGGAUGGACAAGUGAAUUUGCUCAUACAACAGGCCAUGGACCCCAAAAACCUCAGCCGGCUUUUCCCAGGAUGGAAAGCUUGGGUGUGAUAUUUGGCAUAUGAAAUACCCUUGAACUCAACCUUCAGAGGUUAUCUGUUGGCCAUUAUUUUUGACCCACCUCCAUACUUUGAAUAUAUGGUAUUAAUAUUAGCUAAGCAAACUACUUACUGUGUUGUUUAAAAAGUGUUUCAUACUCGCUUCAGUCACCUAAAGUUGCUUUGAGGUCUCAAGGGACAUCUCUACUUGCACACUUUAGAAAUAAUUAUCAUUCAUGCUUUACUUCUAGGCUAAACAUUUAUUUUUUUCUCCUCAAGUUCAUGCCUGUAUCAUUUCCCGUAGAGUCACUGACUUAUUUUUGCUUUAGCUGAAAAUGGAAGCAGAGGAAUGCCGGAAUAUCACUGACAGUUUCUCCUGCCUUAUAUAUUAGAACCACUGGUUUUAAUUAACAUUUGUUUCCCAGAUAUUACAUUUGAAUGAAAAUUAUUUUAUAUUAACAUAUACAAGGAAGAAAAAAAUUCAAAAUUGUAACCAUCUAUAUAUCAGGGUAAAAACAACCUUAAAAAUAAGAAACAAUGUUGGAAACAGCAGCAUUUAAUAGGUUUGGGUUUUUAGUAGCAAGAUCACUCAAUGUUACUGAAUAAAAAAAGUUGUAUGGAGAAAAAACUUCAAGUAUGAUUACUAUUAUAAAAAGAUGUAUAUUGAACCUACUCAUUCUAUCCUCUUUACCUUUUAAGCCCAUCUGUGUUUUCCAUUACUUUAUAUUUCUGUGAUGCCUUCAUCUCUGUCUUCUAGGUCAUGAAUUAUCUUGUCAGCUAUCUGUAUAAUCUCCUUUUAAAAUUAUUCAUUGGGUUUCUUCUUUCAAAAUUUGCUUUUAAUUUCUAGCUGUGUAUCAUUCUUCAGAUCUGCCUGUUGUUUCAUGAUGUCCUUUUAAAAAAACUUUUCAGUUCCUUUUGUGUCACUAAUCACUUUAAUUAAACAUCCCUGUUUUAUAGGCUAAAAGCUCUAUUAAAUCAA